GAGGAAUACACGAGGAAUACCGUUAAUGACGCGUCCCCCUGUCUCGACUCUCCUACCCAACGGAGUAAAAGUGGGAUCGCGCAGGAGUUUAAAAAGGAGAUCGCGCGAAUCGAUCGAGUCAGUCACCGUUCAUUGGAUAUCGCCGGGUCCGCAGUCCUUCCGGGACGGAGAUUCGUCAUGCCGCACGCGGAACCGCGACGUUGCGAUUCCGGAACGUUUCCGGACGCCUACGAAGACUUGUUGAACCUUUGGAAAAGUCGCUGCGAGACCGAGGAUCGAGAGGGACACCUCGAGGACCUGGUGAUCCGCCUGGAGAAGGUGACGAGGCGCCUGGAGAAGGUGCCCCCCGAGACCCAGGAGGCGGCGGUUCAGGCGAGGUCCCCCCCCUCGCCGCCCCGGGCGGUCGGCGAAGCGGUCGGCAUGUCCGUCGCGGGAUACCGGGACGUCGUCGCCGGGCCGGUACAGCGGUACCUCGAGCUCAGCCGGAAGAUCGGCGGCGAUGUCGCCGCCCACGGUGACCUGGUCGAGGAGGCCUUCCGGAUCCAGCUGCAGUUCCUCCAGACGGCGUCCAGCCGGCCGGCCCCGUCCAGCCAGUCGGAGCACGUCUCCCUGCUGGCGCCGACCUCGACCCAGAUCCAGCGGAUCCAGGAGUUCCGCGAGAAGCAUCGUGGCUCGGCGUUCUUCAACCACCUCUCGGCCGUCAGCGAGAGCAUCCCUGCUCUGGGAUGGGUCGCGGUCUCGCCCGCCCCGGCUCCCUACGUCAAGGAGAUGAACGACGCGGGGCAGUUCUACACCAACCGCGUCCUCAAGGACUGGAAGGAGAAGGACAAGACUCACGUCGAGUGGUGCAGAGCCUGGGUGCAGACCCUGACCGAUCUCCAACAGUUCGUCCGUCAGCACCACACCACGGGCCUGGUGUGGGCCAAGGGCGGAACGGUCCCCCCGGCCCCACCAAUGGGAGUCCCGCCGCCGCCCCCGCCCUCCAUGCCGAUGGGCGACGUCGCGAGCCUCGCCAUCGGCGACGACAGGAGCGCCCUCUUCGCGCAGAUCAAUCAAGGGGAGGGAAUCACGAGAAGUCUGAAGAAGGUCACUUCCGAGAUGCAGACGCAUAAAAACCCUUCCCUGAGGACCGGACCGGCCCCCUUCAAGGCUACGGUGGUCAACGAGGUGGGGACGGGUCUACCCGGGAAGACCGUCCCGCCCGCUAACGCGCCCAUCGACAAACCCCCCGUGUUUACUCGAGAUGGUAAAAAAUGGUUGGUGGAGUAUCAAAAGGGCAACAGGGAUCUGCUCGUGGAAAACGCGGAGAUGAAUAACGUCGUCUACGUGUACCGAUGCCAGGACAGCACCCUCGUUAUAAAGGGCAAAGUCAACUCCGUGGUAAUGGAUUCCUGUCGCAAGUCGUCCGUUGUCUUCGAUUCGCUGGUCUCCAGCAUCGAGUUCGUAAAUUGCCAAAGCGUGCAAAUGCAGGUGCUGGGAAAGGUGCCGACGAUCUCGAUCGACAAGACCGACGGCUGUCAGAUGUACCUCAGCCCGGAGUCCCUGGACGUGGAGUUCAUCAGCAGCAAGUCCAGCGAGAUGAACGUCAUGGUGCCUAAAGGAAACGGCGAUUACUCGGAGUACCCGAUCCCGGAGCAGUUCAAGACCACCAUCGGCAAGAAGGGCCUCAGCACGACCGCGGUGGACUCUUUGGGCUAAAUCGGAGCUGGGUCGAGGGAGCUCCGUGUCGUCCGUAGCCUACGAUAUCGCGAACCCCUUAACAUUUCACAGCUACGUGUACGCCGCUCGCUCUAACGAUAUUAAUCCUAAAGGGAAUUUUCACUGACCUAUCGUUAUUUAUUAUCUUUUUUUCUAAUACGAUGCUCAACGCCGAGGGACGUCUCCGUCAACGUAAGAACGCGUAGUCGGGCGCGGGGACCGACCAUUCUUCCUUUUCUACGGACUGGAGAGACUAAUUGUAACGAGUGAAGUAAACUUGGACGGGGUGCCACUCCGAACUUC